GCUCCCACCCUUAGUCCCUCACUAACACCAUAUCUCACGCCUGUGAAAUGAGCUUAGGGUGAAUAUGCGGCAGCGCACUUAUAACCAAGUAUGCCGACCUAUCAUUCAUGCUCUUCAUUGCCGUUAGCUUCGCAGAGAGCCAUAGUGCGCCCGGCUGAGAUCAGACGCCGUCCUCGCUAGCAGCAGCAGUUGUACCACAGUGCACACGCAGCCAUGGUGGAGCUAGACCGCGCUGAGUGGGCCGAAAAGACAGACUUGUUCCUGCUCUUCAUGACGGCCACCGUGGGACUGGGCAAUGUGUACGCCUUCCCGUACGCCAUCUACACCAACGGAUACGGCGCGUACCUGAUUCUGUACGUGCUCUUCAUGGUGGUCGUGGGCCAGCCGCUGUACCUGCUCGAGGCGAUCAUGGGCCAGUUCAGCUCUUGCGGGCCCCUGCACGUGUUCAGCUGCUUCCCACUUGCCAAGGGACUCGGAUUGAGCAUGUGCCUGCUGGCCGCCAUGCGCACCAUGGACGCCGGACUGGUGCUCACGCAGGGCAUGCUCUACUGGGUCGGCUCGUUCACGCCACGCAUGCCCUGGAUGACCUGCGACGCCGCGUGGGGCGCCGAUCUGGCAAGCUGCUACGUUCGCUCCUCGGGCAUACAUCUGUGCGAGCCUGCGCUGGAGGGGCUAGUGAUCAAGAAAGAGGCGCUCAACCUGACUGACCAGAACCGGCUACACGCGGUCCCCAUGCUCUACCAUGAACGCGUAGUGCUAAUCAUCUACGAGUACUACGUGAGCGCUCUGCAUGGGUGCGUUCACGCCAACCAGUCAUCGGCCGAGCAGUACUACACGAACCACAUCCUGAACAAGGGUCCAAAGGCCAUCAGCCGAGACCUGCUGUACUGCUCGGCUGCCGUCUGGCUGCUAAUAUUUCUCGCUGCGCUUAACAUACGCACAUUCAUGUGGGUGGCCGGCGUGUGGACGCUGGUGACGUGCGUGACGGACGAGUUCCCGUCGCUGCGGCCACUCACGGGCUCCCUCAUAGCGGCGGUCUGCAUGGUGGGCUGCGUGGCGAGCCUGCCAUACACCACGCCGUACGGAUAUCUGAUCGCCCUGCUGGUCAACCGGUUCGCCGUGCAGAUUCCAGUACUGCUGGUGGCCUGCUUGGAGACGCUGUCGUUCGUCUGGGGCUACGGCGUCGACAGGCUGCUGUUCGAUGUGAAUUUCAUGGAACAGGGCAUGCUGGGCCGUUACUGGAUCCGCUGCUGGAGCGUGUGGACGCCGUGCGCCCUACUCGGAGUCCUGGUGGCGACGUUCGUGACCCUCCAGGACUUCGUCCGAGACCUGGAGAGCCACUACGACGUGCAGGCGAAACUUGCGUGCCAGUUCCUGCUCGUGGGCUCGCUCGCCGGCAUCCCGUUCCUACUCGUCACCUGGCUCAUGGAGAACAACCUGGACGUGAACCUGUCUCUGCUUCCGUGCGCGCACUGGGGUCCCCGGGAGGCGCUCUACUUCCGCGCCUACCACGAGGCCAUUAAGCACUCCGACUUGCCCGCGCAGAAGAAAGUGCACAAGACGGACAGAAAGGAAACGGUGGCCGAGCGGUUCACGCUCUACCUGGUGCGCCACAGCCCCAAGUACAUGGGACGCUUCAUCAAGGGCGCCACCACCGCGCCUGCCCGAAUACUGUUCACGCGCCGAGUCAGGGACCCCUUCCCCUGCGAGUAGCCGCCAUUCCA